ACCUCGGCGCACGAAAACGGGAGGGCAAAUACGAAGGAAGGCGUGAUUGCUUUUAAAGCCUCCCCCUCACCUUCCCUGACUUCCUACAAUCUCUCUCUCUCUCUCUCUCUCUUUCUCUCUUGUUUACCAAAAGAAAAACCAAAAACUCGAAAUUCUUGCCAAACAGGCGAAUUCGAAGCCUUUCGCUCAUUCAUCACAACGUUAAAAAAUAUUUCCAUCUUCUUCACCCUCAUCGUCCACUCCAAUUCCAAAAGGUUUAUACAGAGAAUAUUGUAAGCUUUCUUAACUCAAGACUGCGGCUGCGGUUCGAUUCGUUUCUAUGGCGUCUUCGAUCUCCGAGUUAAAUUUUGAGGAGUCGAAUCGGAAAAAGAGGAGGAAAACCGGGGAAGAAGCGCGAGAUCCGAAUACUGGACCCGAAACCAGGUGGAGAUCCGACAGGGAGCAGAGGAUCUACUCCACGAAGCUUUUCGAGGCUCUCCGGCAGGUGCGCCGGAAUUCCUCGCAGGCUUUUAAGGUCUCCGGCGGACGCGAGGUCCGGGCGGCGGCGGACCGGGUUCUCGCCGUGUCGGCCAAGGGUAGGACACGGUGGAGCCGGGCGAUUCUGACGAGUCGACUCGGGUUGAGACUCGGUUGCAACAAGCACAAGAAGGCGAAGGUGGGGAAGGUGACCGGCUCUAGCCGGUUAAAGAGACCGGCGAAGAAGAGGCAUUUACCGGCUGUGCAGAGGAAAGCCAAGGUUCUAAGCCGGUUGGUUCCCGGUUGCCGGAAGGUCUCGUUUCCGAACCUUCUGGAAGAAGCGAGCGAUUACAUUGCCGCUCUGGAGAUGCAGGUCCGAGCCAUGACCGCGCUCACGGAGCUCCUCACCGGGGCGCCGGUCGAUCGGCUCGGCUCGAGCCCUGGCUCGUUGUUAUAAUGGCCCUGGCUUUACCAUGCCAGGUGUUCUUUCUUUUCUUUUUUUUUUUUUCUUUUUUUUUUUUUUAAACUUUUUAAUAUUGUUUUAUGGAUUUUAUAAAUUCAUGUAUUUUAUUGUGUACAUGACCUUUUCUUCUUUUGGAGCUCCACUAUC